AUGGUGGUCCGCAGAAGUACCGAGCGCUCCAACGACUGGCUCAAGCCCGUCGACGAUGAUGAAGAUGAGGGCUUCCUCGCAUUGGCGGAAGAUGGGGACGCUGAAUCAAAAGGCAUUCUCGAUGAGGGAAACAGGUCGACUCUUAACUUGCCGACUGCUGAGCUUCCCGUGUAUAUGACAAUUCACCGAGUCCGGCGCCUAGUCCUUGCGAGUAUCGAUGACCCUUACACUAUGGAACACUUUAGAGAUCCAAAGAUGAAUGCUCUUGUUACGACAUCUCGGUUGAGUGUUAACCAAGCUCGCGCGAUCUUGUGUGAGCUACUCGCUAGCCGAGUCCUCCGCCGUUUCCAUGAGGAUAACCCAGGACCUCAAGGUCUUUUGCUGCUAUCCCAUAUUCUCGUCGAGGGGUUCGAUCCAUUCCAAGGGGCCCCUAGUCAUAUGGAGCGGCCAGCUAACCGCCCUCAGUGGCCCGGAACUUCUCAAGAUAGCCCUGGAUCUGAGAGAAAACUUACAGCGCUGGAGUUAGCAAUCGUCUCUGAAAGCAAAUUUUUCAUCAGCUCUGCGGCUUGUCAACGAGCUGUCGAUGCUGUCCAUAAUGGUCAGAUUAUCUAUACGCCACUGUCAUUUAUGGAUUUCCUUCCAGAUUACUACAAACGACGACCCAUCUCCCUCUACGAUCCUCGAACGGCACCACUACUUAAUCACCACCGUCUUAUCGUCCCCCGAAACCGAAAUCUGAUCGAACUUGUUCACUUUGUUAUUCUCCUGGGCUUGUAUGUCAUGACAAUGAUCUCUCGUCACUCUGAAGUCAAUAUGUGGGAGUUUGCCUUUUGCAUCUACACAUUUGGCUGGCUCCUUGAGAAGAUGGCCGCCAUUAUCGAGCACGGUUGGGCAGUCCACGCCCAAAACCUAUGGGCCUUUUUGGAUAUUACGUUCGGUUCCAUCUUUGGUGCCUACUUUAUUCUUCGCAUCUACGAUUUUCUGCUCGAUCAGCUCCACUCCGGCUAUGGACUACCAAUCCUGUGUAUUGCGGCGCCUGUCAUGUUGACUCGAGUUGCUUUCAAUCUGCUACCCAACAACCUGGUCUUCAUCUCGGUCCACGCCAUGAUGAAGGACUUUACCAUGCUGACGUUCCUCGCGACUUGGUGUUUCACUGGAUUUUUGCUCGCUCUGCAGUGGCUCGUUAGUGCUAGCAAUGAUGGUGAUGAGGAGUUCAGUUGGUAUGUCGUGGGCAAGUGGAUGCUUUGGAUUUGGUUCGGUCUCGACGGCGAAGGAAUCGAGGAGUCAGUGCGGUUCCAUAUCAUCAUCGGUCCUGCGCUCAUGAUUGCCUUUGCUUUCCUCGGCAAUACACUCUUCUUGACCAUCCUUAUUGCCAUGCUUACAAACACUUUCUCCAAGAUUGUGGCCGACGAAACCGCUGAGAUUCAGUUCCGACGCGCUGUCUUGACAUUCGAAGGUGUCAAGAGUGACUCGAUCUUUGCUUACCCUCCCCCUUUCAACAUCCUGGCUCUCAUGACGCUGCUUCCCCUGAAGCUUGUCACCUCGGCCCGGAUCUUCCAUAUUGUUAAUGUGGCUCUGAUAAGAACCCUCAACAUGCCUACUCUUCUCCUCAUCAGUUUCGUGGAGCGACGUCGUCUUUGGAUGCAGUCCAGACGUGCUUCUGGCAAGCGAUCCAAGUGGCAAUUCACUUCCUUGUCACCCCACAACGAUGUCCAGGCUGUCUUCAAGUCUAUUCCGCCAACUGAGAUAUCCGACAUCAUCGAUCAACUCGACCCCUUGGGAGAAGUUCCUAUUCUCGAGGAUGAUCUGAUGCCAUCAAUGACGGUCGACAACCCGCAGUCCAAGUUGAGACGAGUUAGGAUGUUGCAACGAGAGGGGCACCGACGAACGGGCGGCAACGAAACAUGGAGUAGUGCAAGUAGCGUUAAGGAGGAGUAA